AAAAGUCAACAAAAUGAAACGUGUGCUUAUAAUAUUACUCGCAAUAUUAUUUAAAUGUAUAAUUAAAUGUCAGUCAGAGGGUUCGACAACUGGACGGGACUUGGAUGACGUCUCCAACGAUAACUGGAAAUCUGUCGCUGACCAAAAUGACCAUAUACUCAUUAUAUUUUGUAAAGAUGUAGAUGACAAGUGUAAAAAUACUGUAAUAUUUUUUAAUAACUACCCAUCACCACCUGGUUUCAAUGCAGAUUUGAAGAUAUUGCAAUCAACAGACUUAGUGCUAGCUAAUGAACUAGGAGCAUCAGAUUUUCCUAAAGUGGUAUAUUAUAGACAACAAUCACCAGCACAUUAUGAUGGUGAUCUAAAUGAUGAAGAUUUUUCUCAUUGGUUAUUACAAGCUCAAGAAAUCAGUGUUAAAAUAUUAACAGAUGAUACAUUUGAACAUUUAACACAAGCUGUAACAGGCUCUACUACUGGUGAUUGGUUGGUUUUAUUUUAUAAAGAUGAUUGUCCAGUUUGUAAACAAAGUUUGAUAGAUUUUGAAACAGUAGCAGUCAAAUUAAAGGGAAAAACAAAUGUAGCUCAAGUUGAUAUGAAUGUUAAUCCUAAAUUAGUAGAUAGAUUUAAAUUAACAAAAUGUCCUUCAAUUAUUUUUUUUAAACAGGGUACAAUGUACAGAUAUGAAAUGGAAAAAGUAUCAGUCAAGAUUUUGAUGUCAUUUGUUCAAGCCUGGUAUAGAAAUAUGAAAGCUGAAAAAAUACCCUUUGAACCCACUGCCUUUGAUAAAGUAACAGACAGUAUAGUUUUAUAUUUAAAGAAACAAUUAAAUGGUCCUUAUGGAAAGAUUCUUCUUGGAGUUUAUGGUGGAAGUAUAGUCUUGUUGGUUUUAUUGAUAUGUUCAUGUUGUCUAAGAAAAUCACCAAAUAAAGAAAAAGCUCAAUAAUUUAUUCCAUAUUUAACAUUUCCCUUUGCCCCACCCCACUCAUCCCAUUUUGUUUUGUUGACAUAUUUAUUGGUGAUGGUUGAAUGUUCUGAAUGAUUUGAAAGAUUUUAUGUUGUUAGUUUGAUUUUUUGUAGCAAAUAUUUAUAAUAUAAACUAGACAUAAACAGUAUUGUUGACUAGUAAUCCUAGUUGAUUGUUGUUUUGUUAAAUGUCAACAUGAUCCCGUCAGUUAAAGUAGAAUCUACAUGAAAAUUAUUAUUAUAUAAAAGUAGUCUCUUCAAUAUAGUUUGUUGUAUUGUCCAAUGUUAUAGUAUAAAAGUUUUUUUUUGUCAGUUGUUUGUUUUGUCAAUUGUUUAGAAUUCCAAAUCAUGUAUUUGUUAUUUUGUCAAAUCUAUGUAUUAAAGUGUAUUGUAUUUUAUUGCCAA